GGGCCCCCUUGGUUUUUUUUUUAGAAUAUGACGUCAUUUAUGAUAUGAUGAUGUAACGAAUUAAAUUUUGAAAUAUGACAUUCCGCCAUUCUUCGCCGAUAGAGAGAAGACAGCGUUGUUGAAUAGGCAUAAUAACUGAAGUUUAGACCCUAACUUAUACAGUGACAAGCUGAUAUAUAUAGAAAGUUCGUUUGAAAGACAUGGAUAUGGAUACGUACACGGACACAGACACGGACACCGACAUGGACAUGGACAUGGACGUGGACGUGGAUAUGGACAAAGACAUCGAUCUAGCCUCUUCCGACAGUGACAGUUAUGGAACAUCAGAUCCAUCAGGAAGUGAACCAGGCUCGGAUUUGGAUGAAAAUGGGGCUGAAGAAAGUGCAGCAAAAAGAAAGCGUGGUAGACCGGUGGGAUCAGUGCGCCGAAGAUCGGAAUCCCCUACUGAAGAUUUUCAAGUGAAAGCGCCUAGGAAGAAGAAAAUGAUGGCUAUAGAGUUCCUUGUUGCAGUCAUGUGCUGUGCUGCCAUGUGUCUGGGAGGUAUCUCUCAAGAACUCAUGGUGGCCAGCAGAGAAAAUGUCCAAUCCCUAUCUAACACCGAAAGGAAGCAGUGGCUCCUAGAUUACUUUUGGAGCCAUUCAAAUUAUGAUGAAGAAUCAAAGAAAUGGAAAUUCCUAUACAUAAUUGGAACAGUCGGCGUCUGCUGUAGUGCAUUCAGACAAAUCCUGGGCAUUCCGUCUACGACAUUUUAUGCAGUCCGGAAGAUGUUUUUGAAUAAACAAAGGGUAAUAAUCAACAGGAAGGAGAGACAAAGGAUGACAAAAUCAAAGUCGGCUGUCGAGUGGUUGAAAUAUUACGCAACCAGCUUCGGGGAGAAAUUACCAAACACUUGUCAGAUACAUUUGCCCCCAUGUUCAACCAAAUUACAUGUGUAUGAAAGGAUGGUAUCAGAAUCUCAAGUGGAGUUUCCUGAACCUAUUUCAUAUUCUCAUUUCUUGAGAUUGUGGAGGGAAGAGGCUUCAUAUAUAGCCAUUCCCAAGGUAUACAGCAUAGCAUAACAUAAACUCAUAUUAACUUCUCUAAUCAAGAUUACAUGUACAUGCAAACAAUCUUUCAUUAGAU